AUACGCAUCCUCACACGACCUUCUGGAACCUUCUACCCUUGUAGAGAUGGGAGCGGGGGAGGACCAAAACCGUGCAUUGUGCUACACGCUCUAGAUGUGGUUCUCAGUGUACACUGCCAGGGAGGAGCCAUUGUUAUUCUCACUUCACACAGCAAACUGAGUUCAGAGAGGGAGAUCCUUUACUUAAGGUUGUAAGCUUAGUAACAGAUGAACCAGCCUCCAGCCUAGGUCCCCCCACUGGCCAGCAUGGGUGCUGUGUGUCUAUCUGCCCACUUGUGAGGCUAUCAGAGCCCUCAUGGCAUCAGGCUCCAGUUGUCCAUCACCCUCUAUAUAAGACACACACAGUAGUACUGUGUGCUAGCAAGUCACACAGUGGAGGCUGUCUCGUGUUUGCUGAGAGGAGAGAUGACUGGGCUAUGGGUAAGGGUCUGCAGGGUGGAGGGGUGGCUGAGUAGAGAUGCACAGGGGUCCCUUGUAUGUCUUGUCUGACACAUGGGGCCUUGCUGAGCCUGGGGGCUCAUUCUGGGUUUAUGGGGGAGGUGUGGGUCACCUUGAAGGUCCCUGGGCACCUGGACUAGUGGAGGCAGGCUCCUGUCUGGCUCCCUCUCCAGGUAGAUAGUCUAGGCAGGCCCACGUGGAUCACUCUGCCCCUUCCCAUGGCUGAGGGCUGCCCCCUCUAAAUAUAGCCCUUUGGGCUGAGCUCAGGACUAUUUUAGGCCAAGGCUGGGAGGCAGCCAGGCUUUCCCCGGGCUCUCAGAGGAGCCACUGCUGUCUUUGUCCAGUCCUGCUACUGGAUGCCAUCAUCGGCCUCUGACUGCCCACUGCUUGCCAUGCCUGAGGAGACCCAAGAAGACUCCGUGACACCAGUGAUGCCCAGCCAGAGGAGCAGCGGGGCACUGGCCCCCAACCAUGUGCAGGAGGUGCGCCUGCACCCUGUGGAGUCCAUCAGCGACCUACACAGCGGAGCAGGCACACUGCGCCCCUAUCUGACUGAAGGGGCACAGCCGUGGGAUGAGCUGCUGGGCGUUUUGCCACCGUCGCUGUGUGCCCAGGCUGGCUGCAGUCCUGUGUACAGACGAGGGUUCCUGCUGCUGCUUGUGCUGCUGGUGCUCACCUGCCUGGCACUUGCACUCCUGGCUGUCUACCUGAGUGUGCUGCAGAGUGAAUCCCUACGCAUCCUGGCACACACACUGCACACACAGGAGGAGACACUACUCAAACUCCGCCUGGCCAGCCUCAGCCAGUUUCGGAGGCUCAACUCCAGUGAGGCCCAAGCAGCACCCAGCUGAUGCCACUUGGAUCUGGGGCCUCGGGGUGUGUGUUGGGAGGAAUAAAGUGGCUAUGGGCAGGUCUCUUCUUCCCUACUGCUGGCUGCCACAUCUACAUUAUUUCCUUGGUGAGAUUUUUGUGUAAGAGCCUGAUACUUGGCUGGGCGCGGUGGCUCAUGCCUGUAAUCCCAGCACUUUGGAAGGCCGAGGCAGGUGGAUCACGAGGUCAAGAGGAUCGAGACCAUCCUGGUCAACAUGGUGAAACCCCAUGUCUACUAAAAAUACAAAAAUUAGCUGGGCAUGGUGGCGCGUGCCUGUAAUCCCAGCUGCUCAGGAGGCUGAGGCAGGAGAAUUGCCUGAUCCCAGGAGGCAGAGGUUGUGGUGAGCUGAGAUUGUGCCACUGCACACCAGCCUGGGUAACAAGAGCAAAACUCUGUCUCAAAAACAAAACCAGGCCGGGCGCGGUGGCUCACGCCUAUAAUCCCAGCACUUUGGGAGGCCGAGGCAGGUAGAUCACGAGGUCAAGAGAUGGAGACCAUCCUGGUCAACAAGGUGAAACCCUGUCUCUACUAAAAAUACAAAAAUUAGCUGGGCACGGUGGUACGCGCCUGUAGUUCCAGCUACUUGGGAGGUUGAGGCAGGAGAAUUGCUUGAACCCAGGAGGCGGAGGUUGCGGUGAGCUGAGAUCAUGCCAUUGCACUCCAGUCUGGGUAACAAGAGCGAAACUCCGUCUCAAAAAAAAAAAACAAAAAAAGAACCUGAUACUGAUUUCACAGCUCCCUGCCUCUCCUGAUCUCUUCAAGAUAGGCCUAGCCAAGCCUCUGGUGCCAAAGCUUUGUUCUGGGUGACCCAAGGUCAAGGGAAGGUGCACCAGCCUCCUGGCUCCUCCUGUGGCCUGUCAGCACUCUCUGGCCAUCCCCAGAUGGCAGGUUCUGAAGUCUAGAAAUAGCUGCCCCUACGGCAGUCACCAAACUCUGCCAGGCCUCCCAGUGGGGGUCCAGCCUCAGCUAUCAAAGACAGGUUGGGCUCUGAGUGGGGGGAGAGGCGCCACCUGGGGGAGCCUUGGAGGGCAAAUGUGACAUGGGGGAAGACCCAGUUGGGCCCAAGUAUGUGGUGGUAGAUAGACAGGGAGAGAGAAGAGAAAAAUACUCGGGGUUAAGACCAUAGAAGGCUGAGCAUUCUGUUUAAUAUCUCUAAUAAUACUUAAAAAAAUCAGCACACAAAUCCAUUCCAAGUAGCUUUGCCUCCCCACCUGCUGUGGUGGCAUUUGUCCAGAUGCCACCACCCACCUAAGAGUGGGUCAUCCUAGGGGAGCAAGGCCUGAGAAAGAAAAGGAAGGGAAAGGUCCCCUAGUGCCUGCCCCACAGCCCUGGGACAGGCACAUAUUUAGCCUGGCCUGAGACAGGGUAGGAAGAGGCCACAGGGCUGAAUGCAGGGACAAAGGAGCCAGGGUCCCAAGUGUCUGGGCCCCCAGCUGCCCACCCCAUGUCUGUUUUUGGUUUUUUCAUUAAAAAAAUAAAGUGACAAAUACUGGUGGA